AUGCGAUCUGUGAAACACCCCCUCGGAAGCAUUGACACUCGUCUCACCAUGACUGAUUCCCUUGUGGACGAUCACCUUCAUUCCCCGUCUCUCGCUUCUAUGGUAUUCAUGGACAGCAUGCAGCCUGGUAACCAGGGGACAGAAGAGACGGAUUUCUUUAUAGGCUCCCACUUAUCAUUGCCUGUUCGACGUCCCGGAAAGCGAUACCCUCGCCCCGAACUUGAUGUCGCCAUGGACAAGUAUUAUACCCUGGAUGGUUUCGCUGGGCCUUUGAACCCCCAGAAUACCCCGGCUUCACACACUUACAGUGGCUCUGGCAGUCCGCAAGACACAUGUCGCCGUAUCAAGACCGAUAGUCUUCGGACUAGCUCUGCCCCUCAGGCAUUGUUCAUCGACUGGUGUCCCCCUGGCAGCUCGCUGAACCUAAUUGACAAUGACGAUCUACUAAACUGUCAAUCCCGACGCUUCUCUGCAGAUGAUGAGCCAUGUUCUACUACCCCAAUUACUCAGAUAAAGAAGUCUGGCAAAGCUGCAGAGUCUCAUCCCAAAAGAUCUUUGGCUGAUAUCAUCUCGUCCGCAAGAUGUGUUCGAUUUUCUCCACCCCCAACGCCGUCUGGACACUCGCCGCGCCCAAUCCAACGUCCUCUCCCCUCAAUCGAACGAAAGAACGACUACAUUUCUUCGUUCCGACAGCAGAAGCAAUUUGAAAAGUGGAGAGUGGCAGCUCGUGCCAAAAGCCAAAGGGUCUCUCCGUACCGCAGCUCUAAAAAGUUGUCACGACCAGCGUCGAUUCAGCUGAACGCCCAACCUGAGAUUUGCUUUUCACCCUCCAAGAUGCCUCUACAUCAAGACACUGACUCUUUCGGCAACUUGAAGUCUCAGGAACAUACUGAGACGAACAUCCAUCGAGAUGAAACCAUUACCGCUACUAAACAUCAGCGACAACUAUUUAAAUUGGUCGCCGUGUCUCUCUCCCUCCAUCAUAUUCGAAACGCUACCAAGUCCUCCGAAUCGGGACCGCGAGCAAUGAACCUCCAGUUGUCAUACUCGCUUCGACCAAUCGGCACGCGCCUUCAAGACGAGGAAGCGCAGAAUGUCGUGAGCUGUGCUACUAUGAACGAUUUGCUCCUGUACAUCUUUUUCAUUGUGCCUGAAUUCGUCCUGCGUGGGCCCCUUGCCAUCCUCCACACUCUCAAUCGCGUCGCUCAUACACGGACUGGCCUUGCAGCACUUUUCGUCCUUCGCCUAUUCUGGUCCAUCUUUCUGGAGCUCAUUGCUCCAGUUCUGAGCAAGAUGGGAAUGAACGCCAUCUUGCACUCCAACUUCAGAGCUAAAUACUAA